GUACAACCCGAUGCAGCUUGUUCUCAUGCACUAAUGUCAGGGUUCCUGCACCCCUCUGAUGUAACGCCUUCAAAAACUACUGAAACCCUGCAGGACGAGAUAGUUACUGCUCUGCUCUUUAUGAUGGCGCUUAUAAUGAUGGCCAUGGGUUCUUUUCUGCCUCGUUUUCCUCAAUUAUGAGCAUUGCGUCUCUAUUGUCUGCAUAAUUUUUGUUAGGAUGGCUGCUUCCAGCACUUCGACCGCCAAACAUGAGGAGGUGUCAAAACGGAGUCUAUGGAGUGCGCACACUAGCAGGAUUAUUCUCACAUCUUCUCUCGUGGUCGUACCUAUGGUUGCGUUCACCAUCACCAUCCUCACAAUCGUUUUCUCGCACACCAUCGAUCUCGAUGAGUGCCUACAACACGAUCUUUGUCCAUUCAAUGACACUUCUAGUUCAGCCAACAGCUCGGAUUACUAUGUGGACUUUCCUGUCGGUCGUCUUGCAUUUGUGUCAUCAUUAUCGUCAACAAUCAGCUUUGCAAUGGUGGCGGCGAUAAUGAGCUUGUAUACAUACGUAGUUGCUUGCCAAUUAUUGCAAGCUUCAGAACUAGAUCAGGAGCAUGCUACGUUGCCGACACCUCGCGAGGCAAGUAAUCUCAUUCGACUGCUCAAUGCGGAGAUCAUUCUCUUGCUGGAAAUGAUGCAGAGUUGCUAUCAAAGGAUCGCAAGGCAAAAACACGCUGAUCAGCGUGGAAAGAGCAAAGGAUCCCCGCUGAUGCGGCGAUGUCGAACUGUGUUUCUACUCGGACUAGCUGCCAGUGUGUUGAUACAAGCAGCAGACACAUAUCUCCACGUUGUCAUCGAAGCUAUCAGUGUGACUCGGCUCUCGUUAUUGCCUAAUAGUGCAAAUCAAUUGAGCAGGACCUUGGGUCAGUGGGUCUUUGAUGAGUAUGAUCCUGCAGGAGACAAGUUCUUUUGGAGCUCAGCUCUGGAAGAUGGCUUGUUUCUUGCCAACUUAUCGACUUUCACUGAAGUUGUUGAAACAGUCGAUACAUACUUACUCAACUAUACAGACGCGCAGGGCAUCUCCUAUGUCUUGGUGAAGCCAGAGGUUGUAGAUCCAAGCCUGGACUGGAUAGGUAAAACUUACGGAGUGUCCAACCGAUGCUCCGCGAUACCGCGUAAUAGCUGUAAUAUCCGGCCGAUGAAUACGACCGAUAGAACACAACCGUUCCAAUGCAUGACGAACUCGCCGCGGAGAAACAUCACAGGUCGACUUGGCCCACACUCGCAUGAGACAUGGGCCGACGACUGGCAUCGAUACCUGAAGGAAUCGCCGCCCUUUGUCGACAGCAGGGGUUCUGGUGGUGUUGUAAGAAUGAGCGUCAUUGACGGCUUCAACGAGUCUUCCGUUAUGAAUAUGACUAGAGAGGACUCGAAUGCCCUUUUCCGCAACCCAUGGCAUUGGCUGUCGAAAGUACAAGUCUUGGCCCCAGACUCAGAGUUGCCUGAUGUCUAUCUGCAAAGCCAGCUCAUCCAAAAAGAAUCUGCCAAUUCUUCUAUAUUCCUGUUAGAGUGCAACACCACCGUCUACGAUGUAACCUACAAUAUCAUAAACGGGGAAGUGACAUCGCUGUCUCUACAAGAAAGUGACGGCGCGGUAGCAGGCAUGGUCUCAAUGACAAGCCUCGCCUCAGUUGGCAAGUUCAUAACUGGUCGCAACAAAGUCAGCCUCCAAGCCAACUAUCGUCGCACCACGCCCGAGGCAUUCAUUCAGAGAUAUGAGCUUUCAAUGAGCAAGCAGAUGAGUGUGCCGCUCGUCGUGCACACUGUUCCUGCACCAGCACUUCUGACACAACGCCGCAGUGAGGCGAUCAUUACGAGAUUGCCAAAAGUAGCACUCUGGUUGCUGAUUGUAUCAAAUAUUGCGUUUGCGAUACUCGGUCUUGUCCUCGCCCUCUUAGCUGUCAAAGCAACGUCUCCAGACGUUCAUCAGGUAUACGUACGGCUUAGCACAGCUGGACUGGCCGCGCAGUUACUUGAUGCUCAGCAUGCCCGGCGAGCUGUGACGAACGAUGCUAAACUUUUCGAAGAAUAUGAUAUCAGGAAGGCCCCUGAUUUCAAGAAACGAGUUGCAUUGAGACGUACAGGCCUUGGUGGCGCAAAGUUUGUCACGGUUGUGAAAAGCCAAGAGGCAGACAUGGAGGAUGGUGGGCAAACGUUGCUUCAGCACCACACGCAUGCAAGUACAGGCUAGCUUUUCUUUCGGCCAGUUACACAAGAAUUUGGAUCAAGUUAUCCAGAAAGUGCACUUUCUUCAAGGAGUCGAGCCAAUACGCGCGAUCAAUACAACAUCGCUCUUUCUCACGAUGUUAUUUCCCUGACGCUGGCGUUAUCUCAUUGGAACGACAGUUAGACAGCUUAGAAGUGCUACUGUUUGUACUUCCAUAUCAACAAAAUCAUUACAACUCAAAACUAGCAACUCCUUCCUAACAUUGGCAGCACACUAGAUUAAUGUAACAUUGUGUUGCAUGCAAA